CCUGGAGAAAACCAAAAGGCAGAAAACAAUAUGAGCUGAUCAUUGCCAUGGUAUUGAUAUAAACCAAAGUGGUGGAUUUGUUCUGUUCCAUUCGUUGUUUUCAGCUGCAUAUUGAGGAUUAACAAUGGCGGGAAUAGCAAUAUUACUAGAUCUAUACAAGAAAAAAACCUGCUUUUACUCUCCACAAAGCUUCCACUCUUCUGGGUUCUUCUCAGCCUCCGCUGCCGCCGCAUCGGCCGCUGUUACCGUUGCUGCUGGAACCCCUUUUGCCUCCAGGUUUCUUUUUGGGUAUCCCAAGGUUUCUUAUUGUGAUGCUAUUGCAGACUUACCCGAAGAUCACAUUUCAAUAGCAAAGAGACGAUCCGAAGAUUUCUCGAAGAAUGAUUCUCUCAAAUACACUGGAAAGGAAUAUAAGAUUGAGCUGAAGCCCCUUUUCUCUGCUUUCGAGUUGAAGCCGUUUGCUAUGACAACCUUGAGGUCAUUUCUGUUGUUCUAUUUGCCUUUGUUGGAGCCUUCUUUGAACACAGAGGAGGAAGAUGAUGAUUUCCUGCAAGACUCUCCGGAAGAGUGCCGUAUCGAUUUAGUUGUUCCCUUCAAAAAAUCAGUGAAGCAAAUCAUUCGUGAGACCACCGUUGUAACAACAAGACGGGUUCUCGAAAGACUUGCCGUCGUUUAUGUUUCACAACGCAUGGCGUGGAAACUCCUUAAAGAUGUUCCGAAAUCAGCUGUCCGGAAAUCGCAAAGGGGAAUGCCUACGACGGUGUACUUCUUCAGAGUUAGCAGAACAACUUUCAGAGGUCACCUUCUCGGAGUUGCUGCGGCAUGGAUUGUCCAAACCGGUAUCGAAAUCUACAAAUGCUUUUCUCGCAUAACAAACUCCAAAGAGAGUGAUGGGGUCAACACAACAGUGCAAGCUAAACUUCUUGGAAAGAAGAUUUCUGGUGUUACCAUCAGUUGUGGAGCAUCAUUGAUUUUUGCUUCCGUUGGAGCCGGGAUUGGCGCUACUCUUAUACGUCCAUCGAUCGGUCAGUGGAUUGGCUGUGCUGCCGGAGACUUGGCCGGACCGAUUAUAGUAUCAUUUUGCCUUGAGAAAGCUUUUCAUGUUGAUCUCUAAAGCACUAGGUAUAUUACCACUCAACUAGUUUAAAAUUCACUUUUGUAGAGAAUUUAAUGAGAUUUUACCAAUAAGAACACACUGUUGUAGUUUUAGGGUUUGAUUUUGGCA